UUUUAAGGAUAAUAAGUUAUGACAAAAGCAUUACUUCUACUGUUUAUUGUAAUGAUAAAAACGGAAUCAAGCCAAAACAGACCCGUGGCUAAAGAAGUGGCGCCAUCUCCGCUUAGACAUAUAGCCAGACAACUUGAAAAUCCUUUGCCAAUGGAACCAGAUGACAACUUUGCCGAAGGAGGCAAUUUGAAAAUCUUACACUCGCCGUGUGAAUUUGAUUUGCUAAGGGCACUGCAAGGAUCAAUUGAUUAUUUUCCAAAACAUUGCCAGCCCAUUUUUCAGAAUCGUUAUGUGAAUGAGCAGUGGUAUCGACUAUAUCGCACAUACGAUGCCGAGGGCUUUGUAUUCGGUCAGUUCGCUGAACGUCUUCGGCGCUAUGAAUUUGACAGUGUUUAAACAAUAUCCGAGAGAUCAAUACUGUGAUAUCGUUUGAGUGAGCCAAGACGUGUAUGUGGUGAAGGUUUCAGGCAGAUUACACACUCCUCGGUGCUGCAAGAGAAGCGGAAGAUGUAAAAGAAAACAAUUUCACGUUGUUUUUGGGGAAUUUCUUUGUUCUUUUUCGUGUUUUUGGUAUAAAAAAUAAUACUUUACUUUACUUUACA